CUGUGAGGUGUGAUGGAAUAAAAUGCUGCGCAUUACCGCUUAGGUUACAUGAUUCUCAAAAGCACCUGAGUCGGGAAUUUAUCCUUGACCUUUUUGUGUUUAGGCUUCUGCUGUCUUCUGCUACGGAACGAGGAGGAUGGUCUUUGUCCUACAUGUGAUUGUCAUGUCUUCGGCGUUUUUCAAUCCCAGUUUUGCCUUCAGCUCCCACUUCGAUACAGAUGGGGCUCCGCUGAGCGAGCUGUCGUGGCCUUCAUCUCUGGCCGUGGUAGCUGUCUCCUUCUCUGGCCUCUUCACCUUCGUCUUCCUCAUGCUGGCCUGCCUCUGCUGCAAGAAGGGCGACAUUGGCUUCAAGGAGUUUGAAAACACUGAGGGAGAGGAGUACCAGGCAGAUCUCUCCCUGGCUUCGCCUUCCUCCCAGAAUGGCCCCGAGGUCUACAUCCUUCCCCUCACCGAGGUCUCCCUGCCUGUCUCCAAACAGCCUGGCAGAUCCACAUGACACAAAACUAGGAACCUUUUGUCUACCUGACUGUAGCUGGAACAGACAUGGCCUCUUUAAUGAAGUACGUUGGAUUAUAUCUCUUCUUUCUUCUUGCCCUCUCUCAACGAGGGACAGACAUCGGCCCAUUUUAAAAUGCAUUUAGAAAUCAGUGUAUGAGAAACUGGAGAGGAAGGAAUCGGACUUUACCUCGGUGUACAUUAUGCCAGUGCAUGCUACUGUACAUUUCAUUUACAUGUAACACUGUUUUACUUGAAUCUUACAUAAUCUUAUGUCAGCACAUGUUAUUUUGGUGUGUUUAUUUCUACAUCCAUCCUCAGCCUCAUGUCACAGCCUUUUUUUUCUUUUCUGCAGGUCAUUCUGUCUGAAACCCAGCCUGUUAAAAUGUGUAUGCAUGUACAUUGCGUGUGAAUCUCAGUAUUAGCCAGAUCCUGGGUGUCUCUCCUUGCAUGACUCACUGGCUGUCUGAGCUGCGCCGUGCCUAGCCAGAAGGGAGGUGAGUUGGGGCUCAGCAUCCCAGAAUGUAAGCCUCAGCAAUGAUUGGACAAGGCAGCCUUAGGCGUGCAGCCAAUCACCAGCCUUUGCUCCAUCCUCCAUAGCUACCGCUGUACGAUUGGAGCAGGUGUUGCAGGGCGAGGAAUGGAUAGACAGCAAAGGAGACGAGAUGUAAAACGAGGGAUAAUGUUUCCUUUCACUGAGUCACAGAGAAGGGGCUCUUACUCAUUCCCUUCCUUAUGUACAUACAGAAAAAAUGGUAUUAUUUUUAUUUGACACUUUUACAUAUUGACCACUGAAAGUUUGAUGAAUUUAGAAUUUUAACAGCAUUCCAAUUCCUUAACUUUUUCAAAAUGGUCAUAAUCGUAAUAAACAAUUGAGAGGAUUGUAGGAAUGAUAUCACACUUCAAAAGUAUUACACAUAGAGCUGCAGGUCAAAAACUGAGCAGGCUUAGAUUGAUAAUAACGUCAUGCACAUGUUUAAAUGAUCAACCCCCACAGUGAUAUACACGAAGCAAAUGAGACUAGUAAUGGCCUCUUUAACAGAAACACAAGUUAUAUGGUUUAUACUCUCACCAUGAAUAGCGUAUUCUAUAUCACUUCUACAUCUGUAUGAACACACAUUACAAUGUUUGCCAUUGAUCGGACAGUCUCGCGUUUAACUUGUUGGUCUAAUCUUUUAUUCAAGAGGUCGUGUAAAGCCUUCAAACCCACGACAGAGGCUCGAUGCAUCGAGUGUGUGCAAGCGGUUGUGUGUGUAUCAUUCCACGGGCCCACUGAUCCCACAGUCUCACUGGACCCCAGCCUCUUCUCUGGGAAUGCCAUGAGGAGGACGGGAAUGCACACUCACGCUCACACAUUCCACAUUCGGAAUAAUUUCACUCUCUAACUUCUCUGAUAGGGAGGGCUGGUGGAGAAGUGUGGGUCUGUUAUCACCGUGACAACCUCUGCCCAACGUUCUCGUGGAGAAUGGGCCUUGUGUGUGUCUGCUCAUGAGCGUGUGUGUGUGUGUGUGUUGUGUCCACUGGGUACCAGGAGACGCUGCAUGAGUGUGUGAGUGAGCGAGCCGAACAAUGGCCCCGAUUUAGGCCGGCUGGGCAGUGGGUGAGCAUAAGGCUGGGCUGAAAUGUCCGUGGAACGCACCAGUGGAGGACUGGCAUUAUGGGCAGAAUACAGUGAGGGGUCUGUGACAGAAUGAGGAGAGACAGGGGAAGGGUGGUGGCAUGCACCAGGACGCUAAGAGUGGGGAGGGGACGCUUGAGAUAGGGGUGGCGAGUGUGUAUGACAGAGGUCUUUUCUGCAUCUGACAGAGCAGGGUUUGUGUCCUGUUUGGCUGAGGAAUGCUGCUGUCCUGGGUGACAGGGGGGCAUUAUGUUGGCCUUAUGUCCCUACCAGGGUUCUUGAAGCUGCACGCAGAGCUGGCGCAUCAGUCUGCACGCUACCAACAUGCGUGACGGUCACACCAGCCGUGAUACUUGACCAGAGUCUCAGAGAAAUAUAGCCCCCAGGGCAGAAAUCCUCCUGCGGGGAACAGGUGGCACAUUGGUCGGCUGACUCCAAGCUGUUUCUAUCUCGCUACGAUUACUGUAUAUUGAAGGGAAGUCUGGAAACCAAGGAUUUCAGUGUUUGCUCGACAGCUGGAGAGCUCCAGAGGAGGACAGUAUGUGUGUUUUUGUGUGUCCCAGUUGGGGGAUGAGCUCGGGACAGACUGGGAGAGGCAGCGUGGCGAGCUUGUUCAGCUGUGGGAGGGCUCGGAGGGUUAAAUCCUGCCGAGACUCUCUCACACACACACUGAGAUCGUGGGGUCUUUCUAAAAUACACACAAUGAGACCAAGAAGCCUGGGGUUAGGGCUGGGGCCACGGGCUCUCGGUUCUCACACUCUGAACCAGUACUUUAACCUGCAUGGGAGCCGGACUCAGUCCCUGUCACGGUGCUCGGAGUGGCUGGCCGCUCCACUGCUCCGCCACCAUCUUUUCUCUCCACACAAUCAUCUACCUUCUUAAAUAAUGAAGAUCCAUGGAGUCCAGCUGCUGAAAUCAUCAGACCUCGGCCGCCAUAGUCUACUCUAUCUAAAGGAGAUUGGACAUGGCUGGUUUGGCAAGGUUCUGUUAGGUGAGGUCAAUGCGGGCCUUAGCACCACCCAGGUGGUGGUGAAGGAGCUGAAGGCCAGUGCCAGUGUCCAGGAUCAGAUGCAGUUCCUGGAGGAGGUGCAGCCAUACCGAACCCUCCAGCACCCGGCCCUCCUGCAGUGCCUGGCUCAGUGCUCAGAGGUCACUCCUUAUCUGCUGGUCAUGGAGUUCUGCCCUCUGGGUGAUCUGAAGAGCUACCUUCGCAGUUGUCGGGUGGCUGACUCUGAGACUCCUGACCCUUUGAUCCUCCAGCGACUGGCAUGUGACAUUGCCUCGGGGCUUCUGCAACUCCACAAAUACAACUUCAUACACAGUGACCUGGCCUUGCGAAACUGCCUGCUAACUUCAGAAAUGUCAGUUAAGAUUGGAGACUAUGGCCUUUCUCAUAGCAGAUACAAGGAUGAUUAUUAUGUAACCCAGGACCAGAUUUGGGUGCCCCUGCGCUGGAUUGCACCUGAGCUCAUAGACGAAGUCCACGGAAACCUGCUGGUCGUUGACCAAACAAAAUCCAGUAACAUAUGGUCAUUGGGGGUGACUGUGUGGGAGCUGUUUGAGCUGGGAAACCAGCCGUACAGACACUACUCUGACAGACAGGUGCUGACAUAUGCUGUGAAGGAACAGCAGCUCAAACUACCCAAGCCUUUGCUCCAAUUCCCCCUGGAUGAGCGCUGGUAUGAGGUGAUGCAGUUCUGCUGGCUACAGCCAGAGCUGAGGCCCAGCAGUGAGGAAGUCCACCUUCUGGUCACAUACCUGUGUGCCAAAGGCUCCAGUGAGGCUGAGGAAGACUUUGAACAGCGUUGGAACACAUUAAGACCCAAUCUACUCGGCAGCACCUCCCAUACAGUAACAUCCACAGCCCUAGUCCUGACCCCUACCCCCCCCUCGGCUGACGUCCCCAGUCCAGAACAAACUCAAGCAAUGGAGCUGGCCUCCUCUGCUUCGUCCUCCUUCCCCCUCCUGGAGCACUUCUCUGACAGUUUCCACUCUGACACAGGGGACGACCUGCUGACCGUCACAGAGACCAGCCAUGGUUUGAACUUUGAGUACAAGUGGGAGCAGGCUCGAGCAGAGCAGCCCUACUGCUCCUCCUCCACCAGUGGCCCACUCGGCCAGGGAAACCCAUAUUACCAAGAUAUCUACUAUUCAAGUAAAGGAAGCACCUCAGAGGGCUGUAAGAGUGAGAGCCUGACCUCAGGCUUAUCCCCAUCCUAUUAUGAACCUGAACACCCUGGUGUGGUCCCAGUGUUGAGUGCACACAGCCCCUCUGUCAGCAGCGAGUACUACAUUCGCAUAGAGGAACCUGUAGAGUGUAACAUUAACCUGGAUGAUGAUAGCAUUGUGGACUACAGCCCAGAACUGGCGGCCAGCAGCAGAAGGUUGUCCUCCGAGAGCAGGACUGGUUCAUCCAUGGCGCAGCCCAGUGCUUACUGGUCAACUGACAACAACAAAUCUUCUGCCUGUGACUCUGAUUCAAGCCCCACUGUCCAACUCACCAUGGAGCCUCUGCUGAGGCAGUCAUCCAGCACCAGCCAUGUAAAGCUAGGCAACUUGCACAACUGCUUCUCAUCCAGCCAGGACGACACAGGCUUCUGUGAAGAGUCAUCAGCAUACAAGGCACGCCAGCCCUGUCUGUCUGAACUUGAAACAUCGCCAAAGCCCAGAUCAAACUUUCUUCAGCCAGAGGGGCGCUUAGAUAACCCACGCAGUUUGUCACAAGCUGUCAGCAGCCCCAGCUUAGGGUUCUGCGAUCCCUACCUUGAAGCGAGCACAGGUCGGAGCACCGUCAAUGAAAGCUGCCAUAACAUGAUGGGUCCCCUCAGAAAGACACUACCCAUUGUGAACCACAUUAGCAUCGAUGUAGGGACUGACGACGGCCUGCUGGUGGGCCAGCAUAGAAGCGACGACAUUGAGGAUGACCUUUUUUCUGAAGGAGAGGCCACCAACUGGACAUCAAAUCAUUCAGCAAACAAUAAUAGCCUGAGCUUUGACGUCAGGCAGACAGGCAGUGGGCAAGACAGCUAUCUUGACCUUCAAUAUGCUGGUCACCCUAACACUACAGAAUCAUGGUCUUUAACCAAGGCCACCACCAGAACCUUCCACAGCUCCAUAGCUUGUGGCACCUUGGAGGAAAGAGGAGACUCUGGUUGUAACGCUGCUAGCAAGUCCACGGAAUUAGGUUCAUACAUUCACUUAUGGCACAAAGAAAGAGACGAAGCUGUCACUCAAGCGGAAAGGAACUCAACUGCAGAAAAUCUGAGAAGUAUUGAUUCUUUUAACAGCUCAAGUAUUAAUGUCAGAGGUACAGAGGGUGGAACAAUGGAGGGGAAAUAUGAAAAGCAACUGUUGCAUAAUGGGGAGAGACAGUACUCUGAGCCUAGGAUGAUCCCUGAGCCAUGUUUUAUAAAGUCUCCAUCCACGUUCAAAGAGCCACAGAAUGGUCAAACAGCAGCUUUUUCAGACAAGCAGAGAGGUACCACGUGGGAGGGGGUUUCAACAGGAAUCUCUGUUGGUCUAGUAGACAAGAGGCUAAACUAUCCAGAGACAUUGGAAAGUAGCGGAGCGUUGGACAGUGGAGUGGUGGUCGUCAGAGACUCCAGUUUUAACUUGGUUGAGCUUGGUGACUACAGUGAAGAUGACGAUGAUGACAUCACAGAUAUUACCUCGGGGAUCUUUGCUGACUUCAACCUUGAUUAUAUUGAAGUAGAGGAGGAAGAGCUAAGCCCAAUGAAGCAUUUAGAGGGAACUCCUGACUCUGCAGACACACUUAACCUCUCCUCGUCGAUGGUAAGCUCCUGUGAUCAGUCCUUCAGCCCCGAUCCCUUCAAUACCCCUGUCCUACCCAAAUCCCUAGACAGCGGCUAUGACACGGAAAACAACGAAUCUCCAGAGUUUUUCUUCAAAGAGCUUGGAGAUCCCCAUGGGGUUGAGAGAGGUGGUGAACCUGAACUUGUUCUGCAGGUUGGUUUGGGUCAAGGGGUCUGCACUUCCAAAAGCACCUCAGAGCUACAGUUUAAGGGCCUGACUGAUAAGAACCCAUACAGGGACUCAGCCUAUUUCUCUGACUAUGAUGCUGAAAAUGAGAGGAGCCCUCAAGAGGAAGGCAGUAAGUUCUUUGCAAGUCCGAAAAACUGUGACUUUCACACUGAGAAAUUGAGCUCCAUAAGAGGUGAUGAUUUUGUCAAAAGGCAAUUUAACCAGGACAAUUUGACAAACCUAAAACACAUCAGGCAUUGUGCGCUGGUGAAUCUCUCCGAGGGGAAAGCUACUUCACUUCAUCCCCUCCCUACCCCUGGUGUGUCAAUGCUGUCACCCUAUCCUCCUCAGAUGGGCGGUUGCCUGACGAAAGAGUCUGCCCCUGCCGAGGAGGACCUCGGGUUGCAUACGGAACACUCAGAAGACCCUUCCUCAGAGCUUAACUACUCCAUCGCGUCUGAAGCCUCUUCUAAUGUCCAAGAGGCCUCGGGACACCAUGAGGAGGGGAACAGAAGAGCAGAAGAUUGUUCCCCUCUUCAGUCUUUGCUUUCUGACUCCACUUUAUCUGACUAUAGAGAUGAGGCCCACAAAGAAAAUGAAAACGGUGAUGGAUCCACAGAGGAAGAGCUGCCUGAAUUCAACCAUGUCAAGGAAGAGACGGAGGACAGAAGGGAGGGUGUGAGGAUAAAUGAGGACGAUUUUGAGGACAUAGACACAGGGGAAUGUGACUCACAGGACAGCUUAUGUGAAGAAUCCAACGGCCCUGUCGACCUGUCCACUUCCUCGUCAUUGUUGGAGUUGUGCGGAGAAGAUGUGAGGGCUCCGCUGGAGGAGGCAGAGGAUGACUCGGAUGACAGUGAGUCUGAUGAAGAGUUGAGGACCUAUAACAUCCAAGAUGAAGACAGUGAGGAGAGUGAUGAUGAUUUCAGCACAGUGCCAGUAGUAAUAAGCGACUGCAGCAGGGCGCAACACCUCCGCAGCCCUCCUGAAAAUGCCCCGGCCUGCUCACUCAGUCCUUCUGUGACGAGUUGGAGGGGAAGAAAAAAGCUGUGUCCUUUUUUGACGAUGUCACAGUGUUCCUUUUUGACCAGGAAAGCCCCACGGGAGAGCUGGUUGACUUCGCCUUCUCUACAGACACGGAGACCAGUGCACAGGAAUCUUUAGAGGAAAAAAACAAUGAUUCCCAACAGCAACUCAACCCUGGACUUGAAGCUCAAUCCUGUGAAUCAUUCUGUGUUUCUGAAGAAACAGAUGGGAACAACUCCGAAGAGGGUGGGGGAUAUGAAUGGGAAGAUGACCUCUUGUUGGAGCCCCGCCCGUCCUCACCUGAGACCCUCCCUGAACCCAAGUCUUCACCCACAUGCACCUCCAACAGUCCUGAGGCUCCUAAACCUGCAGCUGUAGCACUUAACCGUUUUAUGGUCUCACGAUUCUCCAUCACACAUGUCUCGGACCCCCACAUGGGCUCAGUAACAGGGAACAUUGAAGAUAGCCCAACACAUUGAGGGCCCCAUCAUCUUGACGGGAGGAGGACGAGUCCUUCUCAACGCGGAAAAGCAGUUAUAUUUAGAUGUUUUACAGAGUUUUAUUUUUGAUCAACGUUUGGGGCAUCUGGCUCUGGUGCCCCGUUAUGAGACAGUGCCUCAUAUUGUAGUGAAAGACCCUCAGUUAUUUGCACCUUUUAGUUUUUUAAUUUGUGGAAAAAGUGAGACAAAGUGGAUACAAAGUCAGAUCAUAUUGUUUGAAGAAAGAUUAAUCAUCAAUAUACUUCUUUAUCAUAUAGUAUAUGACAAAAACAUAUUUGCUUGAUGCAGCAUCGUUUUUUGUUGGUAACCUUACAGUAAAGGUAAAUUACAUUUAAAAUAAAAAAAUACACAGGGAGAAAAAAUGAAUUGAAAGGCUUAUAUCUGCUCCUCUCAUUGGCUGCCUUCUUCUAUCUGCUUACCAUUGAUCCAGAUGUUUUAAAGACUGUUACAGCUCUCAUUGUUAGAGCUAGAGAACACUGCUGGAUGAUUGUUGCAUAACAAGCGAUAGUUGAUAUCCAAACAGAAGAUCAGACGUUUUAGGAGUGGGUGGUGGUGUGAAGUGCUGAAACUUAAUUUAUCCCUUAAUCCAAGUCAUAUCCUUAUCAUAUUGACGGGGGAUUCAGUGCGUUAUGUUAAUAGAAAUAUAAAGAAAGAAAUGAAGGUGAUGUCAUUCCCUUAUUAUCACCAUCACUUAUUCUGGUAAUGAUAACCUACAGUAUUAUGUCUACAGUGACCAUAUCUGUCUGAAGUACUUUCAUAUAUUUGUAGAAGUGAUGGCUCUGUCUUCAUCUCCCCAACCUUGAAUGAAAUAUCUAAACCUGUGAGGUUUUCUUAUGUGUGUCCACAGUGCCAGCUAUAGAUUCACUUUAUUUUUGUUGCAUAUUAGCCGUUUAUAUGACAUGCCAUCAGCAAUAGAAGGACACCAAAGGGAAGGGUGUUUUAACACAAUUUAGCGGUGUCAUGCUAAUAUGCCAGUCAUAAAUGUUGAAUGUCAUCUUUAUGCAUAUUUUCUACAUCUACGUAUUGUCAUACGUAAUCUAUUCUAUUACAUUUGUGCUGAGUGCCAGAGUCUGGGGUAUACAAAAAAAAGGACAUUCAAAAUAUGACAAAUCUCACAUAUUGUAUGAAUGUUUUAUCAAUAUAUAGAAGGUAGCUUGGCUUGAAUUACUACUGCUGUAUCGACAGCUCCCUCCCUCCCCCUCUCUAUUGUGCUGUAGCUCAAAGUGCCAAUUCCGUUUCCCCUCACUUUGCCUUUUAAGUUUCGCAAAAGAGAAAAUGCAGCCAGUAUUUUUGUACAAUUUCAAAAGAUGCAAUCCAGGAUAUCCAUCUCUAAAAUUUGCCAAAGAGAUAUUACCGAGCCUAUUGGCUAAAGUGGCAGACACCUUUGGAGAAGGUGAGGUGGGUUGCUCUAUGCACCAGUAGUAACAUCAUUGCUGUUCCACCCCCCCACCCCUCACUCAUCGCUACUGUACUAUCCCAAACAAAUAAAUCCAAAUACUUUUUCCCUU